GGAAAGUUCCUGGAAAUUUGUCUUUUGUAUAUCAGUCUUUUUAAAUGAGGAUUUUGUUGUUAACGAGGAGCGCACAAACAUACACACAAAGAUACGUUGGAUAUCUCUUCACGGAUAAAGAGAGCAGUUCUAUGUGUCCUGCUUGCUUGGCGCGCGUUUUUAUAACGCGUUUUUACGCGCGGCGCGAGCGGUGCGCUUGUAGACGGCGCGAGACGGACAGUGCAGCGCGCGAGACGUCUUUUGUGGAGUGUCGCUCCCCAAAAAAUCAACGCAAAUGUUGAUGGGCAAAUGGGCAAAAACGCAGUGCACAAUUCAAAGGGUUAGUCUGAGCAUCAAGGUGCGCUGGAGUUGGUAUUGAACUGAUCACUCUUUUCCCGCAGCUUCCUAUUAAUAAAUGAUGGGUCUAAACCAUGGUGCUCUUUACCUUUAACGUCUGUAACAUGAAACGCGCUGGACUUACUGGUUGCUUAUUGCUUUCACUUCGACAAAAGAUCGGCGCUCCCCAAUAUUAAAUCCAGGGACGAUCUGGAAGACUUCUCACAUGUUUGGGUUAAUUGUAAAGAGUCACUCGUCUUUGAGGAAUAAUUAUAGACAUUGACUGGAUGCAGAACGGGGUUCUCCAAUGACCUGUCACUCAUCCGACUCCACGGAAAGCAUCGAUCACGAAAGGAGAUCGCGAACCGAACCCCAAGCAGCGGAUUCCGAGCAGAGGUGCAUUGCCACUGCCAUGAGAGACCUUAAAAACACUGGCUGGUAUUGGGGCAGCCUGACGGCCAAUGAGGCCAAGGAGAUCCUGCAGGAUACGUCGGAGGGCACAUUUCUGGUCCGAGACAGCACUCAGAGGGACUACCUCUUCACCAUCUCAGCGAUGACAUCUGCUGGACCUACCAACUUACGUAUUGAAUACAAGGAUGGCAAAUUCAAGCUGGACUCUGUUGUUCUGGUCAAGCCCAAACUCAAGCAGUUUGACAGUGUGGUCCAUCUCGUGGAACACUAUGUUCAGCUGUCGAGGAUGUCUUGUAAGGGCAGGACUACUUUGCUUUCCCCAUCCAACAGCACAGUGCAACUCCUGCUGACAACUCCUGUGUACACAGCCACACCGUCGCUGCAACAUCUGUGUCGUAUUGCCAUCAAUAAAACCACACGACAGAUACAGGAACUCCCUCUGCCAAACAGGCUUAAGGACUACCUAACAGACUACAGCUACAAUGUGUAGAACCGCAAGGACAACAAUGACCACAAGUGCUGAGGUUCCAUGGACGAGGGGUUCUGUUCUGAUAUCACUUCAUGUAUCUAUCAUUUUUUUUGGGAUCUCUCUCUAUGCGCCCAAGGAAUGCAUGAAGCAGAUUAUCAUAAUAGUGUUAAGUGCCCUUCAUAGAGCACUAAACAAGUUUAUGGCCUAUAGAUAUUCUACAGUCAGUUUUGAUGAGUGAGUGAGACUGUGUGUGUGAUGUGUGUGGGGCAUGCUGUCCUUCACAGACUUCUGUGGGAUCUGAUGGGUAAGUUACACCCAUAAGAUAUUAUGCCUCAAGUGUAGCCAUGCAUCUUUUUAAAAGAAGCUGAGAUGUCUGAGUUAUUUUGAAUCCUGUGUUUGAGACAUGGGACUUUGAAACUGUGUGCUUUUGACUAUGUUUUUAUUUGCUCACUAUUCAUGUUAUAUUUUUGUACUGUAGUCUUAGGUAAGAUGAUAAUUUCUCUGUCUUAAUGUCAUGGUUGAGAAAGUUUAAGCCAAAUUAUCCAGAGGAACUAGGUUUGGGUAUCGGCAAGUACCUUUGAUUUGCAUUAUAUCCCAAUACCUUUGUCAUGUGUCAUGAUACCUACUGUAAUAUAACAUGUAAAAAAUGAUACUGUUACCUCUGUAAAAGUAUACUUAUCCAAUGUAAAUCCAAAAAGACCAGCUUGUAAAAACAUUAAAAAAAUUGUGUCAAACUGUUGAGUUUAAAGGAAUAUUCUGGGUUCAGUGCAAGUUAAUUGACAGCAUUUGUGGCAUAAUGUUGAUUACCCAAAAAAUUAUUUCGACUCAUCCCUCAUUUUCUUUGAAAAAAAAAAUUAAAUAAUGUAGGUUACAGUGAGGCACUUACAAUGGAAGUGAAUGGGGCCAAUUUCUGGAGAGUUUAAAGGCAGAGAUGUGAAGCUUAUAGUUUUAAAAAAGCACUUGCUGUUAUAACGUGUGUAUUAUUUGAGCUGUAAAGUUGUUUAAAACGUCGUUUUUACGGAUUUAGGUUUAUGCCCUUAUGUCGUCAUGGCAACAAAGUUUUACAAUUUUUACACAGAAAAGGUUAGUAGGCAAUUUAUUUUAACAUGGAAAAUUAUGUUACUAAAAUGAUGUAACAUGUAUAUUGUUCACAUGUUUGGUCUAUACUUUUGAAAUCGUGAUUAUUUUAACUUUUUACGGAUUUGCCCCAUUCACUUUCAUUGUAAGUGUAACAUAGGUUUUUAUUUUUUUAAUUCUUUUUUAAAAAAGAAAAAAAAAAAGAAAAAGAAAAUUAGGGAUGAGUUGAAAUAUAUUUUGUGGUUAUCAACUUUAUGCCACAAAUGUCGAUCUUUACUUGAACCCAGGAUUAAACAUGCCAAAAGAAAGAUCUCAUGCUUUAAGUGUGCAUACAUUUGCAAAUGAAUUACCGGCUAAGUAUUGUAUGCACACUCUGAACCAAGGGGUGAUUAUGCAUCAUGGUUUGUUUCUGCUUUUGCUGCAUAUGAUCAGCCAGUUUUGGCCUAUGUUAACCCUACCUCAGGAGGGUGUCUUGAUGAACGUGCAUGCCGAUUGGUCAUAUUUGGAGAAUAUUUGAUUCUAAAUUCAGAAUCAAUUUUUUUGCAGAGAAGCUUAAAAAUUCAAAUUAGUUGCUAAUUUUUACUUUCACCUCGCUACUAUUAGUGAAGUGAUUACAAGGUAAAUUGGAUUUUCCAUUCUAGUUGCUCACUGAUCUGACCUCUUUACUAUUUUGCUUUUGUGAGACAUAUCUCUUUCAGGGUGACUCACUCAAUGUUCAGUUGUGCUUGAGUUUUUAAUUCCUGCACCUCAUAAUGAGCUAUUUUUCUUGACUUUUUAAAUAAAAUAUUUAAUAGUAUUACGCCAAUUGCAGUUCACUGCAAUUGAUAGCUGUUUGGUGUUUUGCUUUUAUCUUUUUUAUUUAAUUAUGAUGUAUAAGUCUGUUCAUGACGAGCUGGAGAGUAUCCUAAUAUCGCCACUACCAACUUAAUGUGGUUGAAAAUACCCCUCAUACCAAACUACCAAUUUUGGCUAAAGAUUUUACACAACAAAAUCAUUGAAAGGUCACUCUUUGCUAACAUCUCUCAAAUAUGGUGCUGAUGUUGAUUCUUCUGUGGUGCUUCCUUUAGGACAUGGUAACUGAUAUUAAAAUGUGUGAAUUGUGCAUAAGUCACCUUCACCACUGUAAAAAUUCCACUAAGAUCAUGAUAUCAUUGUGCUGCAUCAACAGUGAGUGGAUUGUCUCCCAAUAAGUGAGAAAUAAAAGCAAGCAUAUCUUUAAUUCAUAUCCUGAGGCUGUCUUUUUUGGUAACCACAGAUUAGACAGGGUAUACUUAAAAUAUUACGAUUUUCUGUUCUAUGUGUGUAUCUGUUAUUAACACAUUUUUGUUGAAGUACAUUGGAAAUUUAGGAAAUGUACAUGCUUUUUUGUUUGUUUUUCCUCAACAAAUUCACUCCUUUUUUUCUGCCCCUGAAUGAGCCAAUCAUCAGUUGAAUUGAAAAUUAUACUCAUCAUCAAGGUCACACACCCACAGUCCAGCAACCUGGUCCUGAACUCUCAAACCUUCAAAUUAACCAUCAUCCUACACUGAUUUUUCAUUUCUAAUGUUCUGAAAAUAUACAGAUAAACCAAGCUUUUUGUAAUGAUUUUAUAAAGAGAACAUCACUUUUUUACAUCAGUCAGCAGAUGUAACAGGUGGCCCAAUGGAUUUUUGGCAUUUGUUUGGACAUAUUAAUGGGCUUUUCAUCACUGAUUUGUUAAUCCAACAGCGACAUGAGUAAUGCAAUUUGACAUGAGUAAAUUGCAUGACAUUUAAUGAAAGCGCUUCAUCAUUUUUUAAUUAUGAGUUGUUGUUUUGUUUUGUUUUUUCAUUUUUAAGUGUUUGUCUUUGACAGUGUAUUGUGAUUGCCAACUGAUUUGGAAAGUGUUGCAUUUUGUAUAGUCUGUUUCAUUGAUUUUCCAUUUCUACAGCUUUUUAUCGGUCAGUUUCUUGUCCUGCCCAUGUUGUUUUUUAUUCUGGAAUCGUAGCUUGCACCAAAGCAUGGAAAU